AUGCUUACAGCAAACGGAAUAUUUGCACGUUUUACUGCCAUGUCGGCACAUCUUUCUAUACUCAUUAUGAUAUUCAAGGAACGAAGUCAAUAUGUUGAUUUUUGUGGUAUUCCAAAUGAUGGACAACGCAAACUGACUGAUGAUCGAUUUAUUAUUGCGUUAUCUUUUUCAAUUGUAUUACUUAUUAUUGAACUAAUUAUAUUUUCACUUGGACCAAGUUUACUUCGAAAUAAAGUUACAUUUGCAACUACAUUACUUCAUUCAACUGGUGCCAUUUCACUUUCUUUGAUGGUUUUUACACGUUGGUGUAGUGUUUCGUUUUGGCCUGUCUUUGCUAUAUGUAGUAUAAUACCAUUUUUCAUUGAAAUUAUCAAUGCAAUUGGAUAUAAUAUAUCUAAUUAA